AUGUCUCUUGGAAAACAGCCAGCUGAACAUAUCAAGAGGCCAAUGAACGCUUUUAUGGUGUGGUCCAGAGGUCAGAGGAGAAAAAUGGCUCAAGACAACCCAAAGAUGCACAACUCGGAGAUAUCAAAGAGGCUUGGCGCGGAGUGGAAGCUUCUCACCGAAAUGGAGAAGCGGCCAUUUAUUGACGAAGCAAAGAGAUUAAGGGCUUUACAUAUGAAAGAACAUCCCGACUACAAAUACCGACCACGUAGGAAACCGAAGGCGCUGGUGAAGAAGGAACCGAAAUUCGGUUUCGGUAUCAGCGGUCUAAUGGCGCCCGUACCGCGUCUGAUCACGCCGUCCCUACAACAUCCGAUGCCACAGAUACCAAUGCCACACCACCUUCUGCCCGAGAAACCUGAUCUUGGGAGGGCACUAUUUCCACCGCUACCAUACCCCUUCUAUCCGUUCGCAAAGUUACCUUCAGAUGACGGAAAGUUAGCAGCGGAGCUGGCACAUUUGCAGGCACUAUAUGGCGGUGCGUUAUACAGCAGCGCGUUUUACAGCAACGCCCUCUCACCUUGCGGAUGUCCUCCAAGGAGGACACCGUCACCCCCUCCAACAGAAGUGAAGCGACCCCUGGCGUACGUCCUUAUGAAGAGCGAUGAAGAACCGCCCCAGCACGUUAUAUGA